ACACAUUUUGCAACUCAACAAGCGACUGUGGGGGCGGGGAUAUUAAAUGUGAGCCAGACAGCACCGUGAUCGGAUACGCUGGAAAGUGUCGCUGUCAGAAGGGAUACUCACUGGCCUCUGCAGACUCUUUCACUUGCAAAAAGGUGUUGGAUAACUUUUGUUCUGACAUCCGUUAUUGUGGAAAUGCGAGCCACUUUUCAUACAUCUAUGCUUAUCUGGAGCCGUGGAAUUCUCUACAAUGGAACUACUACUUUGCACAUCGGGCGUACUACUGCAACGUGGACAAUAUUUGUAAAUGUGCACCGGGAUAUAAACGGACCACAGACGGCGAGUGUGAACCUAUUUAUAACUCUUAUUGCGUUGCCGAUGAAGACUGCGCGGGUGACACCAAUUCCAAUUCAUUCGCCUACAUAUGUGACACAGACAUAAACAAAUGCGCCUGUAAGCAAAACUAUCAUUAUGAUCCGAUCAGAGACCAAUGGCAUGAAAAUUACGGCUGGUCCGAUGCCACUGGAUACGACGAAUAUCUUUGCAAACCGCUCAUCGGUAUGAAGUGUUCGUAUGGGACAGUGGAUGAAACACAAUGUGUCAACGAUACUUCAUUUAUUUACUCAUAUGGGAAUUACUAUUUCGAGGAAGUCAACAUGUGUGUGAAUGGAUUCGAAACUGACGGGACGUGUUCUAAAAUUAUUGGACAAAACUGUUCCGCUUGGGAUAACACGUGUGACAUAGUUGACAACGCUUAUUGUAAUGUUCAGAGUGUAUGCUCCUGCAAAAUAGGAUUUACUGAAGACAUGGGCAAGUGUGAGCCUGUGAUUGGCAUGAAUUGUACCGACGACGUGAUGUGUUCUUCAAAGCUUGCUUGGACCAGAUGUAUGGAAUCUUAUUGUUCUUGUAUUGAAGGGUAUGUGGACGUGAAUCGGAAAUGCGUCUCUUAUGCCGAGAGGGAAGAUAUUUGUCAUCAAAGUAUCCGCCGAUUCCCGGAUAAGUAUCGUCGAUCUCCUUUGUACCGACUUUCCCCGACAGAACUUCCCGUUCGUGAUGACCUCAUCGAAGAGAAAUGGUAUGACUUUGGCAAGCACAUGCUGUCUGCAGCCAGUUCUGUUACUAAUACGAGCCCUGGGACGUGUGGAACAAAAUAUCCUAUCUAUUUAAAAGAUGGGAUUAAUAGUGCGGAUGUAGUUGGUCUUCAGUUUGGGGAACUCAUUGAAAAAACUGUUCAAAUUGGAGGACUUAGUGUAUAUGGAAUAUCAAAGGAAUUCAACGUCAGUAUCCGAAAUUGUUCUGGAAGCUAUUUUAUCUUUAUAAAGAAAGCGCCCAUUCCCUUUUCGGGAUAUUGUGUUGACACUGGAAUAUCUUCAAACAUUGGUGGUAAUUCUUCGAGAAAAUGGGCACAGGUUGCAACGAAUUUAGAUUUUCGUGUUGUGUAUGAUGCAACCACUGGAACGGAGAUGCAAAUUCCGUACACAUACUUCCAAUGUCACAUAUUUGAUAGUCGUAUUAACCAUUAUCAGUUUUUCUGUAAAAAUUGUUAUAACGAAUAUUUUUUCCGCUACUACAUCGAUGACGGAUUUUUCUACACAGUUAAUUGGUAUAUCGACGGCACCCAUUGUAAGUCAGCUGGUCCGUACAAACGACCAAAUCUGAACAUAAGUGACAUAUCAGAACGAGAGAUAAAGGACGAAUGUGGACAACACCUUUCCGGAUUUUCGGUUCAAUGUAGUUUUGAAUGGUCGGAAUCAAUGUUUGGGCACAGGUCAACGCCAAUAUUUAGUAACACACACGUUGUGGGCUUUGAAUCUUGGUUCCUGAACAGUUCUUUUGAUGGAGGCUUUAUCGAUACUAUGGCCAACACACCCAUUGGCUGUAAGACGGCAGUAGGUGACACUCUACUCACAUGUGACAUUGAGUGGGAGCUCAUUAAGGUAGGAAACUGCGCCAGUCCCCUGAGUGCUGACGAUCACCCUGUAUGUGGUUUCACUGCCAAAGGACUAACUGCGGAGGGAUUGAUGAAAUAUGGUUCAUGGAAUAAUGCCUAUUGGAGUUUGUAUAGCAAUUGGACGACGGAAAAUAAGAACGGAACAUUGAUGUCUGCAAAUUAUCGGAGCGCAUUAAAAAUCUUAGUGACCCAGUUUGAGUCCCACUCUUCUGAUGACGUGUACAAAGUUAAAUUCAGCCCGUCUGUGACUGGUCAUGAUCUUUGGAAUGGAUAUAUGUUUCCAGAUAUUGAGAUCAAGAUAGUUGACCCCAGUGAGCAGAAUAUAACCGUGCAUGUGGGCUGGAAUACCGGCUACCAAUUGACGAUCAUGACUAAAACAGUUGCCAUUUCAUACAGCCUCAAUCACUCAAUUUCGAUGUCCCUUAGUGACACUGGAGAAUUCUUGAUGUUAAGGGGCAAUACUCUUCCGGUGGAGGUCCAGAUCAAGAUGCGACAGUGUAAAAAGAAGCCGACAUCGUCAUGUCUGUGUGCAGUCACCUGUCGUAACGGGAAUGAGAUCUACACGAUUGAUAUCUGCGACUCGAUCAAAAUCGAAGGGUUUCUAAUGGUACACCCAAACGAAGACGGUCUACAUAGCUUUGCGAAGGAUGCCGAAUGGUGGUGGAUGAAUCAAGAUGCGCACAUAUCUACACACAGCGUUCGCCUUCUGAAUGGAAUUCACGUCAAAGUAAUUGUAAACUUCAAAAUAAACUCACUGGAGCUGACCUUAACCAACACUUACACAAACGAAGAAUUUAUCGCUAUGGACGGUCUUGCGGCGUUUCAACAGAAGCAAUACCGUCUAAGCAAUGGCUCCUUUGUAAAAGACGAAUCUGGGUUUCAAACAAGUUGGAGCGUUCCCUUCGAAGACAGUCUAACCAAUCCAAGUCAGCAUGUUACCUAUGCAUACACGGAACGUUUCUACCAGUGCGAUUGCCCUUCAAAGGACGAAUUAACAAGUCUGACGCAGCUUAUUAGUGAGAAUUACUAUGGAUAUAGCGAUUAUAAGCAAAUAACUGGUGCUGUGAGAUGUUCACAAUCAAUACCAUGUUCAGAGGAGCACACAGGACUGACAUGGCCUGGGUCACAGUUGCAACCUGUUGUCCAAGUUGAGUAUGUGUUCACAUCUCUCGAACCCAGUGGAAUCACCUGCGAGUUCAAGCCGAUUAAAAACAAACAACACAUAGUGAGAUGGUAUGCUGGCGAUAAAAUGAUUGUAAUGGAGCAAAAAAGUGCAAAUGCGUAUGGAUUGUACGUGCUGGUGUUGAAAGAUACUUUCAAUCAGUCCGGACAAGACUGUCUUCUUAAUUUUGAGAUUUACUGCUCAGUCACAGUGUAUGAAACAGGAUCGUCAACUUCAACGAAUCCCGCAGCUUACAGUGAUGCAGUUGAUAUCAGAGAUGUUCCUUUGUGGAUUUUAUCCGACAUCUGCAUCAUAGAUGGCAAAUGUUACAACAAGAACGACACCAACGGGAAUGAUGCCUCGUUUGUUUGCUAUCCGCUUGUUAACCCGUUCGAAUGGACGAAGGAUUUGUCUUUAAUACGACAAAUAGGAGACGGCUGUAUUCCUUCAGAGAAUCACUGCUCCAGUAUUAACGGCAGUGCCUUCUGUAAUGCAAAAACAUCUAAAUGUGAAUGCGUUGAAACGCACGAAAACGUCAAUGGGCAAUGUAUUCAAAAAGAUUGUUCAACGGACCAGAGCAUUUGCGACCCGAUAUUGUACGCCGAAUGCUUGGAUGGAGGUUGUGCGUGUGUUAAAACUGCAGAGUUAAAGCUGCAAUAUGGAGUAUGCAAGCCAAAAGUUCUCGGAAGUGAAUGCACCAAUAGUGAUCAAUGCGGUCAUAUCCCGAGCGCUAAAUGCGACCUCAAUCAAACGGAAACCUGUGUAUGCUUUAAUCAAUAUGACAACACAUAUGGGGCGUGUACAAUUAAACGUUUGGCGAGCCCGUGUAACGCGGACGUGGACUGCGCACAUAUGCGUCACGCUUCCUGCCUCGUUUCUACUUCCGGAGAGAGGGUCUGUAGCUGCAGCAUUGGUUACAAGACAUUUGCCACUCCAGAAUGUGUUCUUAAGGAAGCUUUCCUGACGUUUAGUUACGUUACGACGUUAAACGGUAUAGAGAAACGCAUGUCAACGUGUGCAUACGAAUUUGAGACUGGUGUUUCAUACACAGUUUCAUGGAUUGUUGACGACGUAGUCGUUCAUACAAAUUCACUGAAACAGACGACGGAUAAAAGUUUCAACUCGAUAUCAGUUGAUGAUUUGUUUCAAGAAUAUUUAGAUACUAAUCCAGUGGACAGAUGCUCACUUGACAGAGCGUGGAAAUGUUCCAUAUCAACAUUUUACAUCGAUGGUCAAGAAGCUCUUCCAACAAUAAACAGUACCGAUUUUAAAAUCGUCGACUUAGGUGAUCCCAACGUUUACAUCCCACGAGGUGGUGAAACUAUAUUCUAUUUCACCGUCAAUCUUCCACUGCUUUGUGAUGAUAAUGAAGACUGCUACUUGGAGUUUAGGCUCUUUGAUGAAACUGAUAGUUAUAACUGCGAGGAUGCCACAGUUGCAGUCAAGAGUAAGCAAACAUGUGGGAACAGAUUUCAAGGUGAAAAGAAAGGUCGAUCCAGGCGAGCAUUGCAGAAUAGUUACCAUGGUAGCAUGCGCCUUACGACAAAGAACAACAAGAAAUACAAGUUACGAGAUAGUUUCACUUUAACCAUGAAAAUUGAAGCCUUUGGGGAAGUAGAUUCUUUCUGGAAGAAGUGCAAACUUAGAACCAAUAUUCAGGUAAUGGUGCGUGACCAAGACCACUUCUGGAAAAACACCUUGUGUUACGCCACAAACGACCCGAGACUCAAAACAUUUGAUGGACAAUACUACAGCAUGCAGCAAGAGGGAGAGUUUAUCAUGUACAAACAUAAACAAUACCCGGUGGAGGUUCAGAUUGAGACAGAGCUAUGUAAUGGGGGCUGGGCAUCGUGUACGUGUGGUGUGUCUGUGAGAGCUGGCAAAGACCUGUUUGUGGUGAACCAUUGCCAUGACGACCACCUUGUAGCUGCUGUAAACACAACUGACGGGGUUUUAGAUGGGGUGCAGCGUUCGAGUUACAGCCAAGAAUUCUACCUUCCAUACGGAACCUCAAUAGAAGUGUACUAUUUUGUGUCCACAUGGUGGUCACCAAUGAACGUAUAUAUUUAUCCUUCUCCUGCUGACAUGAACAACGUCGAAGGCCUUUGUGGACACUUUAAUGGCAACUGGAGUGACGACUUCGUACAUCGUAACGGCGCUAAGACACUAUCACACAGCUCCUACUGGAGAUGGUGGUGGUGGGGAGGAGACCCUGUAGAUUUUUCUAAAUCUUGGAAAGUUUCAGACGACGAGUCAUUAUUGAAUCCUGACCGGAUAGCAAAGCUUUCAAAAUGGAACGAGGAAGAGCAAUACUGCGUUUGUCCGAAGAAAUUGGACGGAGAAAGAGAACCGACUUGUCAUCGCAGAGAGGCUGAUUCGUGCGCAAAGAUUGAGGAAAAAACUGGGAAAAGAUUUGGGUCACUAAAAACCGAUAGAGAUCGCCGUUCGGUCAACUAUUUGGAUCAGCAUGAUAUAAUCGAAAGACUACAUAAUUUGAUGACACAACGAAUUUACAAGCGUAGCAUCAGUCGCGUAAAGCGGCAAGUUGAAGCUUCUGAUGAAGACUACGAUAAGGCAGUCGCAGAGUGUCAGCAGUAUCUCAAUGCUAACUGCAAUGGCGCAGACGCUGCUUCGGCAUCAAGUAUAGCUGGAAACACAUCCAACGACUGUGCACAGGAUAGAAUGGUGGAUGAAAAUGCAGAUUCAUCUGCUGCCACGGAAUCGGCCUGUGUGAGCACAAAGUCUGUUGCAAAACAGAUAGUAGAAAGGGAUAUAGAGUUUCAGGCGGCCAAUCCCGAUGUUUCACUUAUGUUUGAACAAACAUGCGUUGACAAUUGUCAUAGAAAUGGCGUCUGCAAAGGAAACGAUACAUGUGAAUGCUACGAAGGGUUUGACCCGUUAAGCAACUGUAAGGUGAACGUAUCCGAACCGCCCGAGAUCAUUAGCACCACAGGAGGUGGCGUUUGCAAUCCGAAGGUGAAAGCGUGUGAGGCGUUACGAUACACGACCAAGCAUGGAUGCAGUGUGGAAAGUGUGUGCAAAGUGACGGCAAAAGAAUUUUACCAAAGUGGAAACAAAGUGACCCAUGAGACCACCUACGUUGCGGCUAUUUGCGACAAUGGCUGGGAUGCUUAUUGCCCUAUUCCUUUCAACAGUCGGCGAAAGAGAUCUGCCGAUCCAUUGCUGGUAGUGGAGUACGAAACAGCGAUAAGCAACAACAACAUCAGCUUCAGUAUAAGUACACCAGUGGCUGUUCUUGACUCAACUUGUCUUUUGUUCCACUCCUCCACAGAGGUUAUUACUAUUGACCCCCAGUAUUGCCUGAUUGCUGGUACAUGUGUUCUCUCUGGAGAGAGGGAUCCUGGUAAUGCGUGUAGCUAUUGUAGCCCAGACAAGGACACGUAUGCAUGGCAAACUGACGGAUGUGAGCAGCCAACGUCCAACAAGACGCCUGUGAUAAUUGGCGUAGCUGUAGCAGUUCCUUUGGCGGUGAUUCUGUUUGCAAUAAUGGCCAUUAUUCUGUACAAGAAACACAAAUCCAACAAAAUCAGAACCGAAUCAAGUCUGUAUGAAAAUGCCAUGGGCUCCCACUUCAAGUACCCGACUCUAAGAGUAGAAACACCUUGCUACGAAAUGCCGUCUUCUCCAAUCGAAACCCCAUCGGAAUAAAGAGACAGAAGAAAACCGCGUAUACUUCCUUUAUUUACAUGUUAGGUUAUUUUGCAAAGAACAAACAAUUUAUUACAGGAAGCGAAUCUGAUGGCUUUUUAAAGAUGUGUCAACUAAAGUACUUCAAUAUUUAAUUUUUAUUUUAUUGUGCAUGUUUAUUAACGAAAUAUGACUAGAACAUAUUAUACGUAUAGUAAAUAUUAUAAAAACUGAAGAUUUAUUAAGGGACACGGACACACGGUUCUGCAAAGUGAAAUUAAUGUAAUGAAAUGUAAAAUUAAUGUAAAUAACUUAAUACGACUAAUUGCCAUUUAUUUUUUAUAACACAGGUGUUGUUUUUUCUGAUAUGUUUAACGAUUACUAAUUAUCACAAAGAUAUUGUACUUUUAUUGUCCUAUUUACUUUUAACUUCAAAUCAUUUUAUUUUAUAACUCUGUUUCUAACAAGUCCGUUUUCAUUACUGCAUUGAGAGUUUUGUCUAAUUAAUAAAAAUUAAUUAAAAACGAUUUCAUACUUAUUCGUGUGAAUAUGCUUUAAGGAAGUAGUCUAGCAACUUAAUACGACUAAUUAUAUUUUAAAAGACCAUUGUUUGCUUUCUAUUAACCAUGACUUAUUUAUCACAAAGAUAUUGUCCUAUUAUUUCCGAAAAUACAUCUGCUUUGGCAAAUGCAACACAAAUAUUUAAAUAACGCACACCCGAACGCUAACCGAAUAUAAACGUUUGAUUACCGCGCAUAUUAAAUAGUCAGGUGCGUACACUUUUAAUCAAAAUAAACAUGUUUAACAGUUGUAGUAAAUGUAUAUUUUUCCUGUGUUGGUAUUUUAUUUGAGUUUUAAUAAAGUAGAUAGUUGAUUGUUUUAUCUUUUAAA